GCUCCGAGGCGGCGAGCGGGCCGCGGGGACGCUCGGGAGGGGUCCGGGCCGCUGGGGGCGGCGGCGGCCGGGUCGGGGCUCCCCCCCCGCCCGCGCUCGCCGCGGCGGUGGUGCGUCCCGGAGGUUACCGGAAGUGGCCGCGCUCGGCGCUGCCAUGUUGAGGAGCCGCCGCUGCCGCUGCCGCCGCCGCCGCCGCCGCUUUGUUGUCGCCUCCUCCGCCUGAGGAGGCUCCCCGAGCGGGGGGAGUGGGGAGGAGGGGGGUCGGCCGCUGCAGCCAUGGAGGCCAACUGGACCGCGUUCCUGUUCCAGAGAACAAGUUGGGGAAACCCAGUUCCCCUCUUAGAAGGCUUCAUAUAGAAGUGUGGGGAUCCUAGGAAUCCUCAAAGAGUGAUUCCCGUAGUGGGCGAGGCAUUCUACAGCAUUUCACCCGAGAAGCAGGGACCUGGUGUGACCCUCCUGUGAGAGUGAGCUUCAGCAAUGCUGUAAAAAUACUUUAUGUUGCCACAGACAUCUGAAUUGGUAAAAUGGCAGCCCACGAAGCCUCCCAUCACCAACAGCAGGCAGCACAGAACAGCUUGCUGCCCCUCCUGAGCUCUGCUGUGGAGCCCCCUGAUCAGAAACCAUUGCUUCCAAUACCAAUAACUCAGAAACCUCAGGCUGCUCCAGAAACAUUAAAGGAUGCCAUUGGGAUUAAAAAAGAAAAACCCAAAACUUCCUUUGUGUGCACUUACUGCAGUAAAGCUUUCAGGGACAGCUAUCACCUGAGGCGCCACGAGUCCUGCCACACAGGCAUCAAGUUGGUGUCCCGGCCAAAGAAAACCCCCACCACGGUGGUUCCCCUUAUCUCCACCAUCGCUGGGGACAGCAGCCGAACUUCGUUGGUCUCAACCAUUGCAGGCAUCUUGUCAACAGUCACUACAUCUUCCUCGGGCACCAACCCCAGCAGCAGUGCCAGCACCACAGCUAUGCCCGUGACGCAGUCUGUCAAGAAACCCAGUAAGCCUGUCAAGAAGAACCAUGCUUGUGAGAUGUGUGGGAAGGCCUUCCGAGAUGUGUACCACCUCAAUCGGCACAAGCUCUCCCAUUCGGACGAAAAGCCCUUCGAGUGUCCUAUUUGUAAUCAGCGCUUCAAGAGGAAGGACCGGAUGACUUACCAUGUGAGGUCUCACGAAGGAGGCAUCACCAAACCCUAUACUUGCAGUGUUUGUGGGAAAGGCUUCUCGAGGCCUGACCACUUAAGCUGUCACGUAAAACAUGUCCAUUCAACAGAAAGACCCUUCAAAUGCCAAUUUUCCUCCCUCAUGCAGACGUGCACUGCUGCCUUUGCCACCAAAGACAGACUGCGGACACACAUGGUACGCCACGAAGGCAAGGUAUCCUGUAACAUCUGUGGGAAGCUCCUGAGCGCAGCAUACAUCACCAGCCACUUAAAGACACACGGGCAGAGCCAAAGUAUCAACUGUAAUACAUGUAAACAAGGCAUCAGUAAAACAGCGUGCAUGAGUGAAGAGACCAGCAGCCAGAAGCAGCAGCAGCAGCAGCAGCAGCAUGUGACGAGCUGGCCAGGGAAGCAGGUAGAGACGCUGAGACUGUGGGAAGAAGCUGUCAAAGCGAGAAAGAAAGAAGCUGCUAACCUGUGCCAAACCUCCACGGCUGCUACGACACCUGUGACUCUCACUACUCCAUUCAAUAUAACGUCCUCUGUGUCGUCUGGGACUAUGUCAAACCCAGUCACAGUGGCAGCUGCAAUGAGCAUGAGAAGUCCAGUAAAUGUUUCAAGUGCAGUUAACAUAACCAGCCCAAUGAACAUAGGGCACCCUGUGACUAUAACUAGUCCAUUAUCCAUGACCUCUCCUUUAACACUCACUACCCCAGUCAACCUCCCCACCCCCGUCACUGCCCCAGUGAAUAUAGCACACCCUGUCACCAUCACGUCUCCAAUGAACCUGCCCACACCUAUGACUUUAGCUGCCCCUCUCAAUAUAGCAAUGAGGCCUGUAGAGAGCAUGCCUUUCUUACCCCAAGCUUUGCCUACAUCACCACCUUGGUAAACAGUAUUAUAAAAUCAAAAUAUGGGUUAAAGUAAAUACUUACCAGCAACUUUUAGUUUAUUAAAGCAAAAAGUAAACCAUGAAAUUGGGAGAUUUAUUACAUUAGUUAAUAAUAGUGUAGUAGCAUUAUUCUCCAAUUUGGCUGGGAUUGUUCAAAGUAGGGUGUGUAUGUCACUUAUCACUGGACCACUUUAGUUUAAUCAGAAAUUCCUUUUAGCUGACAGCAUUGCUUAAACAGGAUAGUAGUUGGCAAGAUGAAAUGCCGGAAUUAAAACCAAUCAUAAUAAAACAAAACCCAUUUCAAAAUUAAAAAGCAGCAUUACUGUUUCUGAUCCCAAGAAAUCAUUUUAUUCUGAACACUAGCAGAACUCUUCUCCCCAUAAAUACAAGGUGGCUGGCUGAUCUUAACCUGUUCUAAAUCCACGGAUUGAGAGCUAGUGUAAAAUUGUCUGUGUUUAUUGUUUUUAUGAGUAAAUACAUGCAUUGUCAUAAUAAAAUGCAUUUCAGAGAAUAUGCAUUUUACCUUUGGGAAUAUGUUAAUUUCAGGCAGCAUUCCCUAUGGGAAAGGUGAUACCAGCUCUGAUAUGCAAAGCAUAUGAUAAUUUAUCAUUCUAUCUUCAACAUAUAAUAGGGAUUGUGACCUGAUAUUUGGAGAUGUAAAUAUUGCUCAGCAUACUAAUCCUGAUGGAAUAUAGCAUUGUAGUUGACUUUUUAAAAAAAUUUAAAAAAAACAAACAAACAAAAUAUACACAUUGUGUUUUGGUAAGAAAAGGCCGCAGCUGACAGAGGAGAAGUCAAGUGUGCGGACAGGCAGACUCCUAACAAACAGAGGCCAAUGGGACUCCUAUCCAGGGGUCAAGGAGUACUUUGGAACAGUUAAAAUAUAUUGCUUUAAUUGGAAGACGCUGGAGGCACUGGGAUGUGAUAUGCCCCUCUCUCUCCCAAUCAGAGUCUGUUGAUAUUUCAACAGGGAAAGGUGUGUUAGUUGCUCACUAGAGUUUAUGUCUUAUAUUAAAUUGUAUACAGUUUUUAUUCUAACCACUAACUAGGUAGUAUGCCCCUUCAGAACAAGCAGAGUGUAUCUUUUUUUUAAUUUCUCCUUCUGUUUCUUAAUCAAGUAUUGUGCAGAUUUGUUCAACUUUGUAAAUAUGGACAUCACUUUUUUUUCUUUGAGAAAACACUUGUAUCAGCUUUGUCGGGUUUUCAGGGAGACAGCUGUCUGCACUCCCUGCAGAAAUCCAGCAAUGAUUGUGCACGUUAAGACAUGUGCUUUUUAUUUCUUAGCAGGAUGUUUUAUCUCUGUACAUAAAGUAGAAACCAAAAGCUAGGGAGACAGAUACUCUUUACACCAUCAUGCCACACAUUAAUGUUUUUAAAGCAUUGUGUUUUGAAAAAAAGUUACUAAAACCAAGACGCUGUGAUUUUUUUUUUUAAGUUGCAAUAUGUUUUUGGGUUUUUUUCCUUUUUUUAAUCUUGCAGUUAAGAGAAAUGGACAUUAGUUGUGUUAAUCUUGCAGAAUGUUUGCAGGACUGACUAUCAAACUGGAUGACUUCCAUUUAUACCCCACUGUGUCAGUUCAAGCAUCAAAAUACCUUGCAUCAGAGGCAGACUUCCUACAUCAGGGACAGGUAUCUGUGUGUCAUUAUACAAAACAGUUCGAGGGGGUUGAACUACGUAGUAAAAAAAUGAAAUAAAUAGUACUUAGUGUAAAAUAAUUUUAUAAAUGAUCUUUUGUACUUUAGGACAUUAAAUUGUACAACUUUUGUAUAUAUAAAAGCUUAGGAACUUUCUGUUUAGCAGGAAGGCAACACAUUCCUACACUUUUAAUGUAUAUGUUUGUUAUAAUGUCCAUGUAAACAUGCCCUAUGUUUGUGCCUUUUAAUUAGUUUGUCUCAAUAAACAAAAUGUAGAGAAAAAUAUGUAGCUAUGACUUUGUUACAACUGUUCCUAUCCACAGUACCAAAAUGGUUUGUUUUUAAUAUGUAGAGCAUUAUGUGUGGACUACUGGAAGGACUCGUGUAGGGAAGGCCCAGGCGUGGCCCUGCUGAGGCCUGGAUUGGGCAGGUCGUGGCCACAUUUGGAGGAAGCCAAAGUUUCCUGGCAUGCAGCCCCAGGACCGGGUUCUGGCUCUGCCUGCUGGGACCUGCCGUCUCUCUCUGGCUGGGCUGGCAAUCACAAUCCUCUAUGAUUGAGACGGCCCCAGCUUCCUCCACAAUGGCCCAAGGAGCAGUCCUCAGUGGGGGCAGGUGUGGACCCUACCCCCAGGCUAGAGUGUGGUCGUCAGAACCCUGAAAGUAUUAGUUCUUUAAAAAAAAAAAAA